GGCACGGGGAGUGGAGAGAGACAGCCGCCAAGAUCGGCCUGGUGGAGGGGCGCGAGCGAGUGGACACGGUCCAGGAAAAUUGAAAGAAAACCUGGAUUUUUAACGGGCAGAGAACCAUCACAUUAAAUCUUUAUGUGCAGGUCUGCGAUCCAAGUCAGGCGUCAUUAAGCUGGCAAACGGGAGCGAUUUGUGUGCAAGCGGUCGAUAGCUGCAGCCGUCUUCAACUUCUCUGCUGACUGAACACAAACACGGCUCUGCAACAGCAAUUGUCCAGAGGUUUGGACGGUGUCUUUGUUGCUAUUCCGUAUUCAGUCGUGUUUCCUUGCAGCGAGACAUAUCCCUCUAGUCCGACGAAGUGUAAGUCGAUUGCAAGAUCAAGCAUUAACCUGAGCUGUUGUCAAUAGCUACUUGAUAUGGAAUAAUACAUAGUUGGCAACAACUGGGUAACUAAGUAAAUUGGCUGAGCUAGCCCGACUGCAGUCGGAGUUGGAAACAAGGAAGCACAAAGACGGUCACUGGGAAGCGCUUUUGGACUCGCACAGUUAAUUCGGUGCUUUGCGCUGGUCCGCAGUGACAACGGAAAUUCCGAAAUAAAAAAUUUGGCAGUCUCGCGGGUGACACCGAACUGCUGGGGAACUUUGGCAAGACCGCUGCCAGGACUUCGCCUAAUUGGGCCAUUUCGAAGCGCUCCCACGGGAUUCUUGUAGCUCUCGUUAACUCACAAGAGGCUGGGGAACGUUUACAUGCAAAAAGGGAGACUUCAGAAUAACGAUAAGGCAUGACUGGUUCGGUCGGAGCAGCGAAUGUUUGUGUCGUGGCAAGAGAACCCCGUGUUUAAAAAGGGAGUAUGACUGCACAGGAGGGUUAUAGUUUUCCCCAUUUUUGAUGCCCCACUUUCGCCGUGCACUUAUUUCCCCCCAAAAUCGCGUCGCUCCAGAAGGGAGUGCAGAUAUCUCGUUAAAGAAACCGCGUGCAAGGAAAUAAGUCCAGAGCCGUUAUCGGUUUGUCAGGCGCUGUGCACGGUGUGUAGUCUUAGUCACCAUUCAUAGUCCCAGUCGAGUAACGACGACUCACAGUGUUGCCCACCCAGCGAGGUAACGGCGCCUGGAGAAGAUGGUAUCGUCGUGGAAAUGCCGGACUCUGUCACUGUUGAUACGGACUCUAGUCCCAUUCCUGGGUUUUAUUUCGGUGAGCAGCUUUGGAACGCACGCGGCAGACGAUGACACUUUCAACGCAGAGUCUUGGCUGCGGAUGUAUGGCUACCUCCCCCAGGCCAGCCGACAGAUGUCCACCAUGCGGUCAGCGCAGAUCCUGUCCAACGCCGUCAGCGACAUGCAGCGCUUCUACGGCCUGCCGGUCACGGGGGAGAUGGACCCAACCACCGUCAAAGCCAUGAAGAGGCCUCGCUGUGGGGUCCCCGAUAAAUUCGGGGGUCAGAUCAAAACCAACGUGCGGCGGAAACGCUACGCACUGACCGGCCACAAGUGGAACAAGGAUCACCUGACCUUCAGCAUCCAAAACUACACGCCGAAGGUGGGGGAGCACAACUCAUACGAGGCCAUCCGCAAGGCCUUCAAGGUGUGGGAGAGCGUGACCCCGCUGCAUUUCGAGGAGAUCCCCUACCACGAGGUCAAGUACGGCCGCCGCAAGGACCCCGACAUCAUGAUCUUCUUCGCCUCGCGUUUCCACGGAGACAGCACGCCCUUUGACGGCGCGGGCGGCUUCCUGGCGCACGCGUAUUUCCCGGGCCCCGGGAUGGGCGGAGACACGCACUUCGAUUCCGACGAGCCCUGGACGCUCGGCAAUCACGACCCACUGGGUAACGAUCUGUUCCUGGUGGCCGUGCACGAGCUGGGCCACGCCCUGGGUCUGGAGCACUCCAGCAACCCCAUGGCUAUCAUGGCUCCAUUCUACCAGUGGAUGGAAACGGACGACUUCCAGCUGCCAGAGGACGACAUGCGCGGGAUACAGCAGAUCUAUGGACCCCUGGACAGCACUCCCACUAAAGCCCUGCCAACUGUCACCCCUCGGCGCCCCGCCCAGCCUGACCCUCGACCCCCCAACCCCCCGAAGACCCCGCCCCACACCCCGCCUCGCAGACCGGACAGGCCUCGCACCACCGACCGGCCGGAUCACUACGGCCCCAACAUCUGUGAGGGCAACUUCGACACGGUCACCAUGCUGCGGGGGGAGAUGUUUGUCUUCAAGGGCCGUUGGUUCUGGAGAGUCCGGCGGAACCGGGUUCUGGACAAUUACCCCAUGCCCAUUGGCCACUUCUGGAGGGGGCUGCCUGGAGACAUCGAUGCAGCCUAUGAACGGCAUGAUGGGAAAUUUGUCUUUUUCAAAGGGAGUAAGUUCUGGCUGUUCAGAGAGGCGAACCUGGAGCCCGGGUACCCUCAGGAGCUGAUGGAGUACGGGCAGGACAUCCCCUACGACAAGAUCGAGACGGCGAUUUGGUGGGAGCCCUCUGGGUUCACCUACUUCUUCAGAGGAGAUCGGUACUGGCGUUUUAAUGAGCAGUCUCGUGCUGUAGACAAAGACUACCCCAAGCCAAUCAGCGUGUGGGGUGGAAUACCGCCCUCUCCCAAGGGGGCCUUCCUCAGCGAUGAUGCAGCUUACACUUACUUCUACAAAGGAACCAAGUACUGGAAGUUCGACAACCACCGGAUGAAAGGCGAGCCCGGGUACCCUAAAUCUAUCCUGAAGGAUUUCAUGGGCUGCAGCGCGCACCUGGAUCCCGACGAGGACGAGGAUGGCGGGCGCAAGUGGCCCGACGUGGACCGGCCGCCCUUCGACCCGGACGCCGGCCAGGACCCCGACCGAAACCGAGACCGAGAACGCACCAACGAUGUGGACUACAAGGGCGAGGACGACGAGAACAACGAGGUGGACGUGGUGCUGACGGUGGACGAGAACGAGGCCCGCGUCAUGAACAUCAUCAUGGUGACGGUGCCAUUGGUCCUGGUGCUGUGCAUUCUGGGAUUGAUCUACGCCAUUAUCAACAUGCUGCAGCGCAAAGGGGCGCCCAAGAUGCUGGUUCACUGCAAGCGCUCCCUGCAGGAUUGGGUUUGACCCCUGACCUUCGAUCCCCCCACCCCCCCCCACUCCCACUCGCUCUCCCACGGUGCUCUACCCAAUCUGUUGACUGUAGUCUAUUUAUAUCAGAAACUUUGCACAUUGUUUUUUUUUUUGGUUUGUU